AACCCAAAUUACUUCACAUUGAUAACAAAUAAACACUUUAAUUUAUACUUUGAUAAGUAAAAUGAAUCCCGAACUUGCCGUUAAUCCCGAACAGUCAGCAGCGGAGGUGAGGAGGAAUUUGAGGCGAAAGAAAAUAUUGGAAAGUGCUAAGAAUCGCCUCGAAAAAUUGAAUGGUAGAGCAUGCGACGUUCAAGCAAGAAUUGUUGACAACCCGACAGAGGUUCUGCAGUAUUCGGAUCCAGAGGUGGAACCUGAUUCUCCAAUCCAUACACCAUUUCAAGGAGGCCUUCCCAAAAACUUGUUUACUGAAACCGAGCCCGUAACAACUAAUAAAUUUAUUAAAAGUAGAGGCCAUAUUUUUGUAUCGGCUCUAAUAGGGUACGCAGUAUCCAUAUAUACAUCAAGUAGUAUAUUUCUCGUACCUGGAUUGUUGACGAUAAUUGAGUUGAUAUAUUUUCGAGCAUACCAAAGUUUUAAUUCAAAUAGCUUGAUUAUGCCUUUAAUUCUCUUGCUAACCAGUUCUAGGCUAAGCAGCAAAAUUAAUCAGAUUAAUGCUAUUUUAUCCAUCACUCAAUCUGUUUUAGUUGAUCUUGCAAUAUGCAUUUUUUGUUUCUGUUUCAUUGGCUAUAUUCAAGGGACUUUAAAUAUUACUUAUUUUAAUAUUGUGUACAUGCUGAGUAAAAAACACGGUGAAAGUUUCUGGAUAAUAGCGUGUAUAAUAUGGAAGCCCAUCUGUGUCACAAAAAUUGAAGUGACGCAAAUGCAUGUCCAUAUGUAUUAUAUAUGA